AUGACAUUCCCUAAACCUGUUCUAGAAUGAGAAGGGUAUUGUGAAUAUCUUCAGUUCUCAUUUGUCCCCAUCCCUGCCCCACUCCAAAUGUCUCUAAAAGCGCUCAGGUUAGUCGCUAUUUUCUCUUCCACAGGCGGAUGUUCCCCUCUGUUCGGGUCAAGGUGAAAGGGCUGGACCCGGGGAAGCAGUACUAUGUAGCCAUCGAUGUGGUGCCGGUGGAUUCCAAACGCUAUAGGUAUGUGUACCACAGCUCUCAGUGGAUGGUAGCUGGGAAUACAGACCACUCAUGCAUCACUCCCAGGUUCUAUGUUCACCCUGACUCGCCCUGCUCUGGAGAGACCUGGAUGAGGCAGAUCAUCAGCUUUGAUCGCGUGAAACUCACCAACAAUGAAAUGGAUGACAAAGGCCAUAUCAUUCUGCAGUCCAUGCAUAAGUACAAGCCCCGUGUGCACGUGAUGGAGCAAGACAGCAGGGUUGACCUGUCCUGGAUUCAGUCUCUGCCUGCUGAAGGGGUUAAAACGUUCUCCUUUAAAGAAACUGAGUUCACCACAGUAACAGCUUAUCAAAACCAGCAGAUUACCAAAUUGAAAAUAGACAGGAAUCCUUUUGCUAAAGGAUUUAGAGAUCCUGGGAGAAACAGGGGUGUAUUGGAAGGGCUUUUAGAGACCUACCCAUGGAGGCCUUCUCUCACGCUGGAUUUUAAAACUUUUGGUGCAGACACACAAAGUGGAAGCAGUGGCUCAUCUCCAGUGACCUCUAGUGGAGGGGCUCCCUCUCCUUUGAACUCCUUGCUUUCUCCACCUUGCUCCCCGCCUACAUUUCACUUACCUACAAGCUCACUUGGAAUGCCCUGUCCAGAAGUGUACCUGCACAAUAUCAACCUGCCCCUUUGCUACAAGAUUUGUCCAACUAAUUUUUGGCGACAGCAGCCUCUUGCCUUGCCUGCUCCUGAAAGGCUAUCAAACAGCAGCAGUUCUCAGUCAUUAAGCCCACUCAUGAUGGAAGUUCCCAUGUUAUCUUCCCUGGGAGUCACCAAUUCAAAAAAUGAUUCAUCUACAGACUUCAGUGGGCAGUGUCUACAAGCACCUAAUUCUUCCAGUCAAAUGAUGUAUGGAUUACAGGCACCUGGAAAUAUUUUAUCACCAAACCCCAUUGCCCAGGAAGCAAUUGGUUGCUCUUUCCAUCCUUCCUUUGGCUUUUAUAGGUACAGCUUCUCUUUGCCAUCUAGACUGGUAAAUGCUUCCAACCAUCUCAAAGUGAAUGACAACAGUCACGUCUCUUUUAGAGAAGGCAAAUGCAAUCAUGCUAACUGGUACCCAACAAUUAAUCAUUGUCUUUAA